UCCAACCAGUUGUUCCUCCCUCACAAGCUAAGAGCGUGUCCCGCACGGACGUCUCUCGCUCAAAACCCUACUCAACCGUCUCAUAUCGCUGUAUUUGAUUUCUGACUCGCAAAGAAUCCCACCCAACCGCAAUCAAACGUACGCGCGGUAAACGCCCUAAACCUGCCUUAUUUGUUGCUCGCUUUGGUACUGCUGAGGGACGACCACUGACGCGGUUCAGGAUUGUAGUCGUUUUCUGAGCGCACGACGUGUGGCUUUAUUCCUCAUUUGACAAGUAUUUCGGGUAGUCGUCGUUUCAAGGAGUUCCCCGCACGCUUCUUGACGAGCCAACAGCCGUCCUUAGUAUAGAGCGCUAAGCGCCACAUUCCUCGUCUCGAGUGGAUCGCGCAGCGUGGUUCCGCGAUGGGGCUGGAUCUGGACGCGUGGAUCGACAAGGUGAAGCGCUGCGAGUACCUCAUGGAGGACGAGCUCAAGCAGCUCUGCGAAUACGUGAAGGAGAUUCUGGUGGAGGAGUCGAACGUGCAGCCGGUGAACAGCCCCGUGACGGUGUGCGGCGACAUCCACGGGCAGUUCCACGACCUCAUGAAGCUCUUCGACACGGGCGGCCAGGUGCCCUCCACCAACUACAUCUUCAUGGGAGACUUCGUGGACCGCGGGUACAACAGCCUGGAGGUGUUCACCAUCCUCAUGCUGCUCAAGGCCAGGUACCCGGCGCACAUGACGCUGCUACGAGGCAACCACGAGAGCCGGCAAAUCACACAGGUGUACGGGUUCUACGAUGAGUGCCAGCGCAAGUACGGCAACGCCAACGCGUGGCGCUACUGCACCGACGUCUUUGACUUCCUGGGCAUCUCCGCCAUCAUCGAUGGCCGGGUGCUGUGUGUGCACGGAGGGCUCUCACCUGACGUCCGAACACUGGAUCAGAUCCGAGUGGUGGAACGCCAGUGCGAAAUUCCACACGAGGGCCCCUUUUGUGACCUCAUGUGGAGUGAUCCCGAGGACAUUGAGACGUGGGCUGUCAGCCCCAGAGGAGCAGGAUGGCUUUUUGGAGGGAGGGUAACUACUGAGUUCAACCAGAUCAACGGGUUGGAGCUGGUGUGCCGCGCGCACCAGCUGGUGCAGGAGGGGCUCAAGUACAUGUUCCCCGACAGGAGCCUCGUCACGGUGUGGUCGGCGCCCAACUACUGCUACCGCUGUGGCAACGUGGCGUCCAUCCUCAGCUUCGAUGAGCACAUGGAGCGCGAUGUGAAGUUCUUCACGGAGACGGAGGAGAACAACACCAUGAUGGCGCCGCGCGCCGCCGUGCCCUACUUCCUCUGAUGCACCCCGCCCGCGCAUUGCUCCACUCCAAUCGCUGCACCUCAAGUCUAGAGCGCAGUGCAGCCACACCAGAAAUAAAUUCGACGCGCCACUUGAGAGUUGUUAGGAUUCUAUGGGAAUAUGGCCAUGUUGGACCCUUGGCUGGGGUUUAGAUCAUAUAAUUGUUCACUAGGCUAAGUGUGGUACAUUGCACUGGUCCUGUGAUGACUGCAAGUGCAAUGCUGUAGAGGCCAUCCAUCUGUUGCUACUAGGGUUCUUUGCAAUGCAAAGCAUACAUGAGGCACGCGGCUGCAUGCUGGCCCUGCCUUUGCCAUAGGAUGACUAGGCUUAUAAGC